AUGGCGGCAGCCAUGGAUUCAAUCAGUUGUUCAAUAUGUCUAGAUCUACUGAAGGAUCCGGUGACUAUUCCCUGUGGACACAGCUACUGUAUGGGCUGUAUUAAGGACAGCUGGGAUCAGGAUGAUGUGAAGGGUGUCCUGAUCAGCUGUCCCCAGUGUAGACAGACCUUCAUCCCGAGGCCUGUUCUGAAGAAAAGCACCAUGCUAGCUGAAUUGGUGGAGAAUCUGAAGAAGACAGGACUCCAAGAUGCUACUCCUGCUCACUGUUAUGCUGGACCUGGAGAUGUGGCGUGUGACUUCUGCACUGAGAGAAAACUCAAAGCUGUCAAGUCCUGUCUGGUGUGUCUGGUCUCGUACUGUGAGACUCACCUCCAGCCUCACUAUGAAUCUCCUGCCUUUAAGAAGCACAAGCUGGUCAAAGCCUCCAUACAACUAGAGGAGAAGAUCUGCUCUCGUCAUGACAAACUAUUGGAGAUGUACUGCCGUACCGAUCAGCAGUGUAUCUGUCUGCUGUGUGUGGUGGGUGAACAUAAAGGCCAUGAUACAGUCUCAUCUGAAUCAGAAAUGACUGAGAGACAGAGCCAGCUGGGGGAGAAACAACAGAAAUCCAAACAGAGAAUCCAGACGAGAGAGAAAGAGAUACAGGAGUUGAGACAGGCUGUGAAGUCUCUCAAGAACUCUGCACAAGCAGCAGUGAAGGACAGUGAGAGGAUCUUUACUGAGCUGAUCCGCUCCAUUGAGAGAAGGCGCUCUGAGGUGAAGGAGUUGAUCAGAGCCCAGGAGAAGGCUGAAGUGAGCAGAGCUGAAGGACUCCUGGAGCAACUGGAGCAGGAGAUAUCUGAGCUGAGGAGGAGAAAAGCUGAGCUGGAGCAGCUCUUACACACAGAGGAUAACAUCCAAUUCCUCCAGAGUUUCCAGUCUCUCUGUGUCUCUCCUGGAUCUGAGGCCUUACCCCGCAUCACUGUCAACCAACACAUCUCAUUUGAGGAUGUUAAAUCAGUCACUGGGCUGAAAAGUCAAGUUGAAAACAUCUGCUCUGAGGAAAUUGCCAAAAUCUCUGUACAAGUGACCAAAGUCCACAUUGUUCCACCUUCUGAGCCCCAUUAUCCUCCAUCAUUUGGGAGGACUCAGUCUGUACUGUCAGUUGGAGGACUACCAUCACGUAGGAAUGACACCACCUGUCAGGAGACAAGGCCUGAACCCAAGACUAGAGAGGAGUUCUUGGAAUGUGAGUAA